CAGUCAUGAUCAGCCGGACUCUGGGCCCCGAGUUCGGGGGAAGCAUCGGCCUCAUGUUCUACCUGGCUAACGUCUGUGCCUGCGGGGUUUACGUUCUCGGGCUGGUGGAAGCCAUCUUGGAUGUCUUCGGAGCAGAUGGCUCGGAGCCGCCAGGCCUCAAGACUCUCCCUCAGGGCUACCUGUACAGCUUCCUCUACAGCUCGCUGGUGCUCCUACUCUGCCUGCUGGUGUGCCUAGUGGGCGCCCAGAUUUACACCCAGGCGGCCUUCUUCAUCUUCCUCCUGGUCAACCUGGUCCUGGUCACCAUCUUCGUCAGCUUCUUCACCGUCUCCCCUCGGGAGAUCGCCGUCUCUCACGGCGGCAACGAGACCUUCAACGCCUCCUUCACGGGCUUCAACAUCUCCACCCUCAGGGACAACCUGUACG